GGUUUAAUUCUUCAGUUGACGUUGUUGUUGUAAGUGGAGGAGAAAUUACUUUGUCGGUGGUGGUCCAGUUUGGGAUUUUACACGUAGUUCCACCAAUGAAGAUGUUAAAAAGUUAGGAAUUGUUUGUCUUGGAAACGUGCAUGGUACUCACAAGUUGGUACUUGCUGGAAAACUAAAUGGGACGAUGAAAAAAACUGCGAGGCCGUUGAAGGUGUGGCAGGUAGAGUAGCACAAGGUAGAGGACCGCUUCCCCUCAUCCCUGCCCUUGCCUUGAGUCUGCGUUUUAUUUAUUUUUCUGCCCGGAUACAACCCGCAACCUGGUGAAUUCAUGAUCACAUGACCGUGGAUAUGGACGCAGUCCUGUCCGACUUUGUCCGUUCCACUGGAGCUGAACCAGGAUUGGCCAGAGAUCUGCUAGAGGGCAAGAACUGGGAUUUCACUGCUGCCCUCAGUGACUUUGAGCAGCUAAGACAGGUGCAUGCUGGGAACCUGACGUAUUCAAUCGCAGAGGACAGGUCGUAUCUGCCACCCGAAAAGGAGAUGGCCAGGGUAGGGCGGCCUAUACUCCACCGCCAAGAUGAUGUGGUGCAAGCAGCUACAGAAAAGCGUCUGUCGAGGGGCAUUUCCCACGCCAGUUCAACCAUCGUGUCGCUGGCCCGCUCUCAUGUCUCAAGCACUGGAGGUAGCAGUAGUGAGCCACUUCUGGACACGCCCCUGUGCACUUUCCAACUACCAGACCUCACCGUGUAUCGGGAUGACUUCCGUGGCUUCAUCGAGAGGGACCUCAUCGAGCAGUCGAUGAUGGUGGCCUUGGAGCAUGCAGGGCGACUGAACUGGUGGACGAAAGUGGUUUCAAACUGUCAGAAUCUGCUGCCUCUUGCAACAAGCGGAGACGGAAAUUGCCUGUUACAUGCCGCUUCGCUUGGUAUGUGGGGUUUUCAUGACCGGGACCUGAUGCUACGGAAAUCCCUGUAUGCGCUGAUGGAUCACGGGUUGGAGAGAGAGGCACUGAAGCGCAGGUGGAGGUGGCAGCAGACCCAGCAGAACAAAGAGUCCGGUCUGGUGUACACGGAGGAGGAGUGGCAGAAAGAGUGGAAUGAACUGUUAAAGCUCGCCUCCAGUGAGCCGAGAAUACACUACAGCACCAACGGCACCAACGGGGCGGAGUCCUCAGAUGAACCAGUGUACGAGAGUUUAGAGGAGUUUCACGUCUUUGUCUUGGCCCACGUCCUCAGGAGACCCAUAGUGGUGGUGGCUGACACCAUGCUGAGGGACUCGGGAGGAGAGGCCUUUGCUCCCAUCCCAUUCGGAGGCAUCUACCUACCACUGGAAGUGCCAGCUGCCAAGUGCCAUCGCUCUCCCCUGGUCCUGGCAUACGACCAGGCACACUUUUCUGCCCUGGUCUCCAUGGAGCAGAGGGACAGCUCCAAAGAGCAAGCAGUUGUGAUCCCUCUCACUGACUCCGAGCACAAAAUGCUGCCUCUGCACUUUGCUGUGGACCCUGGGAAAGAUUGGGAGUGGGGCAAGGAUGACGCAGACAAUGUGAUGCUAGCAAGUGUGGCUUUAUCUUUGGAGGCCAAGCUCCAGAUGUUACACAGCUACAUGACAGUCACCUGGCUGCCCCUGCCCUGUGAGCAAGCCCCUCUGGCCCAGCCCGAGUCUCCCACAGCAUCAGCAGGAGAGGAUGCCCGAACACCUCCUGACUCAGGAGAGUCAGAUAAGGAGUCAGUCAGCAGCAGCUCCAAUGGCAACGGAGAAACAACCACAGGAUCAACGGUCAAUGGAGGAGGGUCCUUGGCCAAGAACAGCUCCUCUUCCUCAUCUAGUUCCUCAAGCAGUGGCUCGGCGGGGGCGGGGACAGGAACAGGAACAGCAGGGAAGGACAAAACCAAGAAGGAGAAGGACAAGGAUAAAGACAAGAAGAGGGCAGACUCUGUGGCCAAUAAGCUUGGCAGUUUUGGCAAAAGCCUGGGCAGCAAGCUGAAGAAGAACGUGGGCGGACUGAUGACAGGAAAGAAUGCUGGAGCUGGAGGUGCCAAGCAGGAGGGUGUGGAGAAGAAGAAGGGCUCGUUUAGGGGGAGGAAGGGCAGCAAGGAUAGCUCACCUUCAGCCCACGCCUCAGAGGAUUCUGGGAAAGGCUCCCCCUCCUCAGGUAGUGAGCGUCUCAAUGGAACAGGGAGCAGCAUGAGCAGCAGUGGUGGGAGCAGUACUGAGAGCGAUAACUACAAGUACAGUGCUGAUGUCAAGGUGAGCCUGGGCAUCCUGCGAGCCGCCAUGCAAGGUGAGAGGAAAUUAAUCUUUGCCAGCCUUCUGACUACCAGCAACCGGCAGCCCUUCCAGGAGGAGAUGAUCCAGCGGUACCUUGCUGAUGCAGAGGAGCGCUUUCGGGCCGAGCAAGAACAACAGCGGCGUGAUGCAGAGAGGAAGGGCGUCACCAAUGGCAUCCAGCCACCUAAGAAAGAGACAGUUGGCGGUACAGAGCUAACCUACCGGCCGUAUGAGGCCAAAGAGGAGCUGUCGGAGAACUUGUCACCUUCCUUUAACCAACUCAAGCCCUCUCCUUUGAGCCCCUCUAUGUAUUCUGGUGUUGUGCCCAUCCCCCGGCCCUCCUUCAUAGACCAGACUCCUGCUUCAGCACCCCUUACCCAGCACCUUCAUAUGCACGGCUACAUGGAUACUCGGCGCCAGCUAGCUGGUGGCUCCCUGGCAACCUCCUACCCCGGCCUGCCCUCUUACGCCACCCUUCCCCGGCACUGCCCUACAACGCAGGGUCCCUCCCAUCCCCAGUACAAUAACUCACAAGGCCCCGCAUCCCUGAGUCCCUCGCGCCUUGCGCCCUCGUAUCCCCCUGAGUUUGACCCACCAGACUACCCUGGGUCUGAACCCGCUGGUGGGAGUUACACCAACGGCUUCCGGGACAUGCGCUCCAACUUAGACUCUCGGAGUGGGCAACCCCCGGUCAGACACUACUCACUGGGCAGUGCCGGUGGUUUGGCCAGCCUGCAGUCCACCCGCUGUCGGACACCUACCUGCACCUACUACGGACACCCCGAAACAGGCAACUACUGCUCCUACUGCUACCGGGAAGAGCUGAAGAAGAGAGAGCCAGAACCAGCCAUCCACAGGUUCUGAAUGGACCUUUGCUAUGGCUUGAAUUUGAUGAGUGGCCUUUU